GAAUUCCAGGCAUUUACGGCGUAAAAUUUAUGGCGUGCAUUAUUGCACGCCAUAAUUUUUACUCUUUUACGGCGUGCAUAUUUUGCGUGCCGUAAAUAACCUUUCUCGUUUAGUCUUUUACGGCGUGCUUUAUAGGAGCGCCGUUAAAGUGUUUAUCAAUUAGUUUUUUAUGGCCCGCGGAAGGCGCACGCCAUAAUUGUAUCAUGCUUUUACGGCACACAUAUUGUGCAUGCCGUAAAAAUAGCUAUCAAAAAAGUCAUUUACGGCUCGCACAAGAAGCAUGCCGUAAAAAAGGAUUCUUAAGGCGCGAAAUUUUCCCUAAAAAUUCUGACUUCCCUCUCAAUUUUCUCUUUCCUCAUUUCUCGACUUUCCCAAAAUUUUCUUUCUUUCCUCAGUUUUCUCUUCUAAGAAAGCCUUACCCAGUUCGCAGAGCCUCAAACCUCUUCUAAUCACUUACCUAAUGGCAAAAAUCUCAAACAUCGUCUAAUCACCCAGUUCUCAAGCUGCUGCAAAAAUCUGAACUCUUCCCCGAGUUCUGCUCUUGGGCAACCAGUUAGAUUUCGUGACCUGCGCGCCGUUGUGUGUUUGGUCGAGGACAAAGAUGGGUGUCUUAGAUUGUGAUUUCUAAUCAUAUAUUCAGAUGUGGGUAUAAAGGACUAUGGUUGCUGAGCAACUUAGGGGUUUUGGUCAAGGGGUUUUGAGUUGAGGCAGAGACUGGUGUUGAUUAUUGCUCCACUUUUUAAAAAGAAGCAAUGGUCAAUUAUUAAUAUGGGCAACUAUAUAUAACGAAAGGAAAAGGCUAAAGUGGGUGAAUUAGUACCUCUACACCAUCUUCAAGAACAAAAGCCAUACCAUAUCUAAGGAUAGAUGUAUUACCAUCAUACAGAUCUGCAGAUUGUUGUCAAAUAAAACAGCUACAUUUUUUCAACCCUUGGAGAUAUCAACAUUGACAGUUCAGUACUAGCUAGAGUUGGUAGCAGAGCAGCUUUGUAUGCAAUGAAGUAUUAAAUGAUCUGCUUUUCGUGAAAUGCAUUUAGCAAGUGACGGUGACUGAAUAACUCAAAUUUCACUGAAGCAUUGAUAUAAUCUAUCAGCACAGCAAUCUAAGGAACAUAUUCUGCUGAUCCUAUAAAGUAUGGAUGGAGGAGAGACUUCAAAACAAGGUGGAAAGAGAGCCAAAAAGCAGGAAAAAGCUGCAAGAGCAGCUGCUGUUGUUGCAGGCAGGGAAGAAAGGAAUGAAUCUUUGAGAAUCUCUAAUGGAAGUUCAAAUUCAACCCCUGCAGAAGAUGAUAUUCCAGAAGGCCAAGCUACAUCAAACCCAGAAAAGAAAAAAAUUCCACCUCGGGGUAAAGCCAAAUUAUUGGAUAUUGGCAAAAAAAAAAAGAAAACGUCCUAUUCUAGUUGAAUUCAAUGAAAGAGGCCAGCCUAUUGGACAAAAUGCAGCUCUCUUCUCCUCUUUCAUUGGAGCCUCAGCAAGAGAGUUAAUACCAAUGACUGCUGCAACUUGGAAAGAUCUAUCUGCUACUUUCAAAGAUCAGAUUUGGAUACACAUCACAACAAGUUUCAUUGUUGAUGAAUUCUACAAGAAGCAUAUUUUUCGAAAAAUGAUGAAGCUUUGGCGAGAUCAUAGAUCGUUAGUGGUAAAACAAGUGGAAGAGCAAGCCAAAGUUGUUGGUUUACAACGUGCUGCUGCCCUUCUCAAGCCUAACAACAUAGAAUCCAUGGAUGAGUGGUUAGCUUUUAUUAAAAACAGAACUAGUGCAGGAUUUAAGGAGAAGUGUGAAAAAUUCAAGAGAAUGCGGGCAAGAAGAACUUUACCACACAGAACAAGUAGAAAAAGUUUCGCGCGGCUUGAAGAAGAAUUGAGGGAACAAAGUGAAAAUCCCGAUGCGAUAUCAAGGUCUGAUAUAUGGAUACAUGCUUAUGAAGCAAAGAAGAAGAAGGGUUCAGAGGAAGUAGUUGAGGAUCCAGAAAUAGUGAAACAAGUGAAGCAGAAAAGGGCAGAGCAAGAACCCUCACAAACACCUUCUUUGAAAGAUGAUGCUGUAGCACAAGUUCUAGGUCCUGAUCCACGAGGACGGGUAAGAGGUUUAGGAUUUGGAGCAGUCCCUUCAAAGUUAGAAUAUCAAACCAAAGUUGGAAGCAAAGUUGCUAACUUAGAGAAACAAGUGUCCAAUCAAGCACAAAAUAUGCUUUCUCAAUCACAAGAGAUUGAACGAUUGAAAGAAGUGGUUGCCACUCUUUUAGCAAGAUCAGAGAAAGAAAGGAAUAACCAUCAGGUUAGUAACAGUGUUCAGCAUUCUGCUACUAAGUUUUCACUACGAACGCAAAAUGAAAAUCCAAGCGUUCAACAUCAUAGCAGUGAUGGAAUACAAAGCAAACACAAUAUUGCUAGUGUUCGAGGUUCUGAAAGUGGGAGGCCACAAAGCAAGCAGAGCAACCAAAAGAAAACUGGAAGUAUUCAACAUUCUGCUGGUGAUGGGUCGCAAAGCAAAGACAAGGAAGGUAAAAGGACCAAAGUUACAAAGGAUGAUCAGAAUAGAAUCGAAUUGUUAAGUUGGUUUGAGAUGGAAGAACAAGUUGUUGCAAUAGCAAAACUAGAGUCAAAAGAUCCAAAUGUAAAAGUCCAUCAUGUGCCCCUUGGUCAUGAAUGCUGGAAAGUUUGGGUGCUUGAUGUUUUUGAGGAUAUAGCUUUAUAUCGACCAACUAGGGAGUUUGGAACACUGAGUAUGGCUCAAGGAAGUACAGUUGCAUGGCCUAUCAAGUACAUCAAGCAAGUUUAGUUUAUAAACUUUCAGGUACUGCGAAAUUUUGAGGUGUAUGCGGAUUAUUGCCUUAUGUUGCUAUUGUAGGUAACUUGGCUGAACUGAUUGGGACAUGCAUUUUUGCAGUUGGCUAAUAGUGCUUGAAAGCUUGCAAUUACCCUGUAAUAUAUUUUUGAAUUGUAAUAUGUUACUUUUAAACUCAAGUUUGUAGGGACAUGCAAAUGCAAUUGUUUUGUAGUUUAGUUGCAUAUGGCAUGGAGCCAAGUUUGUACAGACACC